AUGUGUCAAUCCGGCCGAAUGAAAGGUUUCGAAAGGUGCUUCAAAGUUGAAGAUCAAGGUACUUGGCGCCGACAGAAUCUCCAUGCUCGGCAGGUACAAAACGCAGGUCACAGGUCACAGGUCACAGGGCACAGGUCAGGUCACAGGUCACAGGUCACAGGUCACAGGGCACAGGGCACAGGUUACAGGGCACAGGGCACAGGGCACAGGGCACAGGUCACAGAAAACGCAGUAAAAACAGUUAAGACACUCCAUUAGGCUUUUUUGUUUUAUUUCCGGUUACGCCACAAUCAGGCAUAUGCUUGCCAUCGACCAUGCUUUCCGGUUUUGUACUGAGGGUUGAGGGUUUCGUAACUACGGCUAGAAUCAUCCCAUGUUUCCAUUGCUCAACUUAAUGACAACUUAAGUCUUAAACAUCAAUGUACGCAGCAACAAACCGAAAUCGGCAAUUCACGAUUGCAGCACAGUCGAUAGUUAGCGAAGUAGACGUGUGUUGAUAAUUCACUAAGUUAUUUUUCAGUUCUUCAGUGGAACUGAGGCCAAAAUAACUUGUCAGCAAGUGCUGUUUUCUUACCUCGAGACUCUGGUCUUCCGCCAUGUUGCUUUCUGCACAGACGAGGCUAUUUUCCGUUCCAUUCUCCUCUCAGAGCCUCGUUCCAAGUCCGCUCGCGUGGAGCGAAGAAAAAGCCUCGUUUCGAGAUCUCCAGAGAAGGAACUCCUCAAGUUCCAAUACAAUGUGUAACUUUAGCCAUUUACUUGUUCAACCCUCAGUACAAAACCGGAAAGCAUGGUCGAUGGCAAGCAUAUGCCUGAUUGUGGCGUAACCGGAAAUAAAACAAAAAAGCCUAAUGGAGUGUCUUAACUGUUUUUACUGCGUUUUCUGUGCCCUGUGCCCUGUGCCCUGUAACCUGUGCCCUGUGCCCUGUGACCUGUGCCCUGUGCCCUGUAACCUGUGACCUGUGCCCUGUGCCCUGUGCCCUGUAACCUGUGACCUGUGCCCUGUGCCCUGUGCCCUGUGACCUGACCUGUGACCUGUGACCUGCGUUUUGUACCUGCCGCUCCACGCUGCAAUUUUGCGACCACCUGCGAAGAGGAUACAAAUUAAGCUUUAUGAGUCCCAUUUGGGGAAAGAAAAGCCUGUUAUGGGAAAUAUUACGCCCCUUUUGGCGAUAACAAAGCCCGCUGAGGGAUUAAAUAAGCCCUGUCAGGGAAAUGUUAGACUUUCAAAAAGUCCUUCGUCGGAUUUCAUUGGUGCGGACCUCUCGCGACUUCGUCGCUCGCGGUCGGCCGCUUCGCGGCCAAAAAAGGCUCGCUACGCUCGCAGACAGGUCGACUUGUAACAAGUCUAGGGAAAUGUAAACGGCAGAAAAUCUUUCGCCGCUGAAGGAUUUAAUGUGAAAACACCUUUCAUUAGCCAAACAUAUACGAAAGCUGUGGCGAUUUCCUUCCGACAAAGUCAUACUAGAACUCGUAAGCUUGUGAAAUAUCACCCAAGGGUCGUUUUUACUGAAUCUUUCCAUGCGAUGGUUAGCACUGAUGAGGAGGUGUGCUCGCCGUGUCAGAGAGAAUUUGAUAGACAUUGCAAAGUACAGGAAAAACGUCAUAGAGACCGAGAGCCGUCAAGAUUACCGAAAAAA